AACAGCCAUCUCAUCUUUUCCCAGCAUUAGUUGAUUCGAUCAUUUCAUCCUCAGCACAGCCGAGUGAUCCUCAUGAGUAGUGUCCGAAACUCGCGAUUGAUUUAGUUCUAAAUUUUGUGUGCAAAAAAAAUAGAUCCAAACGAAUCCGGGAAUAUCUACAUUGCACUGCAGACGGGCGUGUAACGAUCGGGAGUGAUGAUACGAAAAACGAUUCUGUGGUGUGCCCUCAUAGGGAAUGUUUUGGCUGCCCGUUUGGAUAAUUUAUAUGGAGCACCAGCCCCACCAGGAGCUAGUCGUGGUGGUGAAGGGGAUGGAAAUUUCCUCAAUGCCCCGCGUCAGGAUGGCCAAUUCGGUGGGGCUCCCUCAAACCAGUAUCUGCCUCCUACCGGUCAAGCCAGCAAUCAGCCGGGUUAUCUGUCGGUAGCUCCACUUGGAGGUGGUCAAGCGCAGAAUCAGUUCGGAUACGACCCACAGAGUCAACAGCAGCCACAGCAACAGCCUCAACGGGCCUUAUAUUCGCCACAACCUUUCGGAGGUUUCGGAGGCAGUCAACCCGGUGCCGGUGGAUUCCAAGGAGGAUACCAAGGGCCACGUACCACUCCGAUUCCAAUCCUACGAUACGAAAACGUAAACAACGGCGAUGGGAGCUAUCGUUUCGACUAUGCAACCGGUAAUGGCAUCCAACACCAGGAAGAAGGUUACAACCGCAAGAUUGGCCCCGAACUAGGUGAACAAAUUGUUACCGGUGGCUACUCGUAUACCGGUCCUGAUGGCAAACUUUACAGCAUUCAGUACAAAGCCGAUGCGGGCGGAUUUCAACCUGUAGGAGAUCACCUGCCUACACCUCCCCCGCUACCACAGGAGCUUCAAGAAGCAUACAACCUUCAUGCGAAGUUAUAUGCUGAAGCUGCCGCCCGACCAAAAAAUCCCGCCUAUCAGGGACCCCAAGGCUACGACCAGCAGCAACCAGGUCAACAGUACGGUGCUCCUCAGCCUCAGUAUCAGAGCCCUGGUAGCCAGCAGUUCGGAGCUCCACACCACCAGCAGCAGCAGCAACCGCAGCCGCAAUACCAGACCUCUCAGCAGCCGCAGUACCAGACUUCUCAGCAGCCGCAAUUCCAAAACACUGCCAGUUCAGUUCAAGGUUACCCAUCGGCACCAUCCAACCAGUAUUUACCUCCAACGAAUCGACAGCAAGGUUUUAGCCCCAGCUCUGGAUAUCAGUACUAAGCCUACCGACCCUUAACAACUCUGCUCGAAAAACUAAAGAAGGAAGAAUAAAUACGCUGCAAAAAGAAUACCAUCGAGAAAACCAAACUGCAAAACUGGAACACAUGGCACACAAUAGAGUAAUUUGCAACGCGAUGAUGCGUUAUCGGCACAAUAAAUUAGCGAUGACCCACAGCAAAAACGCCGCCUCGCGUCUAACCACAUCAGCGGAGGAGGAGCAGAGAAAAGUACAAAGAACAAUGGGACAAAGAAUGCGAGUAUACCUACCUACCUAAGAAUCAUCGCUACUUCAUUCGUACGGACUGAUGGACCUCUGUUCCGGCACAUAAGAAUGUAAUAAGUGUAACAUAAAUUCUCUUACCGACAAUAAAGCGCUUGCAACAUACAAAAUUAUGUAGCCAGCAGAGUCAGCUGGAAAUUGAUGUACGCGAAAAGAAAUCCCUCCUUCGACUGAUUGCUUCAUAAACCGCAGUAGAAACAUCAGUGUUAAUUGAUUUGAAAUUCGAAUAAUUGACUAACAGACAUCAUAAACGUGUGCAAGAUUUUCGUUUGAGGAAGGAGUUUUAGCCGAUUUGAACUAUAAACUUAUAUAACUCAUUGGCACUCUAACGAACACCGGAUUAAUAAGAGAUAGAAGAAACUGCACAUGUUAGCAAAAUUUAUGACAAUAUUUGUUCCUACCUAAUUGGUGAUAAAUGUUAUUGCCUCUUAAGUUAUAAGUUUGUUACUUUCGUAGGCGAAUUUUUCGUAGUUGCUUAGUGACAAGUAAAAAUGUUGCGUGUAGUUGUAACGACAUUUAUCUGUUAGUCGUAAUUUCGUUGCAUGUGCAAAAUAUAUGACGGUAUGUGCUUUUACUAGACUCGACUUUCCAAGUAACAAUUCUAUAGCUACUUGGUUUUCUAACGAUUUUAUCACAGCACAUUUUAAGCACUCCAGCUUGCUGUCAUACAACACAGAAACCAGUUUUAUUGCGGUCAUUCAUAAUCUAAAAACCUAAAUUAA